AUAAACUGCGGCUCUUCCUAUGACACAUUUUGCCAUCAUCGGACUGUUUACUGGAAUAUGUGAGUGGAUAAAGUGGGAGCAGGUCCCUGCUGCAGCUGAUGGAGGCAGUCAGGGGAGUUUCCCUGUUGACAGUAGCAGCCCUGAAACAAGUUAGCCUGUCAUCCAGCUAGCUGUAGCUGCACAUCACUCACCGGUAACUCUCCGAGCUUUUCAGAUAGCCCCCAUGGAUCUGAAUAAUAUUUUAUCUCAGCUUGAAACUGCCAGCGAAGAGGACAUCGAGAAGCUCUUGCAGCAGUAUAAUGUAGAGAACACCCAAACCUUCACUUUUGACCCAAAGGAGGAAACCCUGCGGAGUAAGCUGUGCCACAGUGUGCUCACAGUCCUUGGGAGACAGGUGCAGCCCAGCUGUCAGAAGACAUGCCUGGAGACCCUCCGCAUCCUGUCCAGAGAUAAGCGUGUCCUGGCUCCUGUAGCCACCAAGGAAGGCAUGCUGACCCUGGCAGGGAUGGCAAGGCUGCAGGCUGGAGAGGAACAGGAUGCUGACCAGAAAAGCUCUCAGGAACAGACACUGUCAGAGGAGAACAAGAGGGUGGUGGUGGAGGCCCUAAAGUGCCUUUGCAACGUUGUAUAUAACAGCCCUGCGGCUCAGCAGGUCUGUGUGGAUGUGCAGCUGGUUCGUGGUCUGUGUGCCAGCCUGGCCACGGCCCGUACGUGGCCCCACGAGGUGGGCCUGUUCACACUGCGCCUUCUCUUCCUGCUGUCUGCCCUCCAACCUGCCGUCAGGGGGCUUUUGAGGAGAGAGUGGCAUGCUGUUAGACUGCUGACAGAGGUGCUGGAGCACACGCUGGAUGUGCGCUGGGUUGGUCCGUAUGAAGCUGCCCGUCCAGAUCCGCAAGCCAUGCCCAUGCCUGCAGAGAAUAACGAGCGAGCGAUGGAAGCACUCAAAGCUAUGUUCAACCUCACACUGUCUGAAACUGGUGGUGAGGAAGACGAUCACCAGCUCCGGCUCAUUGCUGCCAUCCUGCGUCAUCUCCUGAUGCUGAAGACUGAGACCGAGGAGAAAACGGAGGAAGCACACAGCCAUGCCGUGAACCUGCUGAACAACCUGCCUGUGUCCUAUCUGGAUGUUUUAAUUGACGUGCCCGUCCAGGGAGGGCAGGAGAAAUAUGGCGGAAAAAACAUGGACGCGAUCGAGGUGUUGCUGGACUUCAUGGAGAAAAGAAUCGACAAGCAGGGGUCCAAUUACAAAGAGGGUUUGACUCCAGUACUCAGCCUUUUGACUGAAGGAUCCAGACACCACAGGGAGAUCCGCAGAUAUAUCAAAGCUCAGGUACUUCCCCCACUGAAAGAUGUGAAGAGCAGGCCAGAGAUUGGCACCACCAUCAGAAACAAGCUGGUUCGCCUCAUGACACAUGUGGACAUGGGCGUGAAGCAGACAGCUGCAGAGUUUCUGUUCGUCCUCUGCAAAGAAAGCGUGGACAACCUGUUGAAGUACACGGGGUACGGAAACGCAGCAGGACUUCUUGCGGCUCGAGGACUUCUUGGAGGAGGGAGAGGAGAGACUCAGUACUCCGACGAUGAGGACUCGGACACAGAAGAAUACAAAUCUGCCAAACCUUUCAUCAACCCCAUCACUGGUCACGUCGAGGAGCCGAUGCCGAACCCCGUCGAAGAGAUGACCGAGGAGCAGAAGGAGUAUGAAGCCGAGAAGCUGGCCAACAUGUUCGACAAGUUGUCAAGGCAGCACGUAAUUCGACCGAUGGGUGUCAAACUUGACGGGACAUUGGCGCCUUUGGAAGAAACUCUCUGCAGUCCACCUGAGGAAAACUCGGACUCAGACUCGGACUAGUGCCGCUGAAUGUCUCAGCCACGUUUUCCAGACUAAGCCCGAUGGGCCCCACCCCCAACAAAUCUCGAGCUGUGAUCCAUGAAGGUGGGUUCUGUAGCUGGGCUUGAAUUUGGGCCUCCAUCCUGAAUGAGCUGCUGCUGAGUGUAGAGCUGUGUCCAAAAACUUCAGGUGCUGGAUGGGAAAGUCCCAUUUAUCACCUCGGGGGCUGUAACUGGGACAAGUGGUAGUGAUUAACAGAAAGCUGAACAAAUGGUGAUGGUGAAAAAUAAAAUAUUUAUGUGUAAGUUUAUAUCAGGCUUUUUUUGCGCCUUGCAGGGCAAUCACCUCCUUUUUGGUUUUUCUUACUGAUAUUGACUGACGGCCACUUAAAUGCAAAUAAAGUGUUAUUUUGCAAUCAUGGACUGGACUCUUAGCAAAAUCUUAGCGUCUUUUCUUUCAAAUAGGACAGGCAGUUGCUGUACUAAAUGAAAUCAAACCAGUCCUGAAGUAGGACGCAGCUAAACAUUUCACAGCAGGCUCCAGAGGUCGUCUCUUGCUGAAGAGUCGUCGUGCGUGGCAGGAAGACUGCCGAGAAGGAGUUCACGGUUACUGCUGCAUCGUUUGCUUUAGUGCUCCCCGAGGGGGAAGAAUAUACUUUCUGCUGAAUUUUGCUUCUUGCUGGAAACACUGUUUUGUUUAAAGUGUAGUUUUGGGUGUGAAUAAACAUUCCUUCACUUCUUUUUUAAGAAUAUAUACAUAUAAAAAAUAUAUGACUAGAAAGUGCACAAUUUUAACACGAAUCAUAGUAAACACUGUUAGUGGUAAAGCUGCUGGUACUGCUGGAGCACAUGACUGAUGUGUGUUUGUGGACGGUUUAAACCUGCAGCUCGCUUUGUAAUCAGUUUUUACCAAGGACAAGAAACAAAUGUUAGUGGUAGUUCACUUUUUUCCUGUCUGGUACUCAAUUGAUGACGUUAUGGAGAUAAGAAAACAAGUUUCAUUAAAUUUAAGAGUUGAGGCAAUGCUGCAUUCUCCACAGGUGGAUGGUGGUUUUUGCCUGUUUGGGCUCUUGACAAAGAGAUGUGUGAACUACGAUAAUUGUUUUCUAAUCCCUGUUCCUUUUGUCAUCUGCAUGAUGUUAAAUCAAAAAAGAAGAAACCUAUGAAAAUGUUGUUUAUUUGACACUAAAUGUGUGACUUUAUAUAAACAAAGUAAUAUA